AUCGAGGAUAGGCGACUAGAGAUGGAAAUAAGACGGUCAAAAAUACAUAUUCUUCCAUUCACCCGCCGUUUGAGGCUACCAAUUCCAAUAGACACACCGAAGGAGGCGGCUGCGCCUCUGUUGCUAUAUUGUUUUUCCCGUUUCCAAAACCCAUUCUCCAAGAAUCAUCCAAUUCUUCUACUUUCCCUUCAUUUUGUUACUUUCUACAGGAUUUUCGUCGUGCGUAUUGAUGAAAUGUACUUCGAAUCCAACGAGCUCUCAUUGGACUUCAUCGAAAUGGAUUACUAGAGUCAGUACUGGAGUUGGGUGCUAAUUCUUUCUCUUUCUCGGACAUGUCUGUUAAAUUUGCUUCUCUUUCUUGUUCGGUUCCUUCUCCAUCUUCACCCUCUGGCGCCCGGAGAAGCUCACAGCUGGGCUUUUCGCAAGCGUUGUAUGGCAUUGGCAGCCAGCAACGUAGUUUCCAGAGGUUAACGUUUGCUAAGGCUGAAUCGUUCAAGUUAAUGUAUGGAUUGCUGAGAAGAUUUCCAAGGAGGCAAAAUAUUCUCUCUGCUAUUUCAGAGGACCAGUCUCAAUGCAGUGAGCAGGGUGAGCUAGAGCAGAUAGAUCAGCAUCCCACUGAUGAGGAUAUCUCCCUCGAAAACAACUCAUUUUUACACUCUGACGAGUGUACUGGUGGGAAACCGGGUUUCAUCUCGUUUUACAACCAUUCUAAAGAAGGUUACCAGACUCGUCUGUCAAGCGUGCAAAGCAAUCAACACAAAUUCUUAUGGUUUGUUGGUCCAGCUGUCCUCGUAGCUUCGUUCAUUUUCCCCUCACUUUAUCUACGGAAACUACUUUCAAAUAUUUUCGAGGACUCUCUGUUGACAGACUUCCUUAUAUUGUUCUUCACGGAAGCACUGUUCUAUUGUGGCGUUGCGGUGUUUCUUUUUUUAAUAGACCGUUCAAGAAGGCCUACUGAACCCGAUACUGUGAGAAACAGUUAUCAAACCCUGUCUAAUCAAUUUGGACAGCGGAUCUCUUCUGUAGCUGCCUUAGCACUCAGUUUAAUAAUACCUAUGGUCACUAUGGGGUUAGUGUGGCCAUGGACAGGCCCUGCAGCAUCUGCCACACUUGCACCUUACCUUGUUGGCAUCGUUGUCCAAUUUGCAUUUGAACAAUACGCCCGGCGCAAGGAAUCGCCUUCAUGGCCUGUUAUUCCAAUUGUCUUUCAAGUUUACAGAUUGCAUCAACUUAAUAGAGCAGCUCAACUGGUGACAGCACUUUCAUUUACCAUAAAAGGAGCUGAAAUGACUCCAAAUAACUUGGCAAUAAACAGCUCUCUGGGUACGCUGUUGAAUGUUCUUCAGUUUCUUGGGAUCAUCUGCAUCUGGUCUCUCUCAAGCUUUCUUAUGAGGUUUUUCCCGUCAAAUGCUGCGACACUGCAGUAAAAGCUCAAAAUAAGUUCUUAAUAAAUUGUGGAUCGUAUUUUUUGUGCUCGUCUUCUGCUACAUUAGAAUGUCCAUUGGAACAUAUAUUGCUCUCUAACAGCAAGCAGAAAUGCUUUCAUGGGAACUUGUGGAUGAUGAUAUGAUAAGGAGAGAAUGAAAUAUUGAAGAAGAUGGUGAUUGUUGCUGUAACUUUUCAUACUCUGUCAAUUCCUUUGAAUGAAUGUUGUAGCAGAGAGAGGACAACUUUUGGUGCUAUCUUCUCUUCUUCAUUCAGGCCGCUGUUGGAAUGUUCUACAAGACUUGAUAUUUAUGGAACUGUUUUAGGAAAUUUUUGGUUCUGAGGACAGAAUUAGAGCUCUUAUUGCUGGUUUCCAUUAAUAUAGUAACUGUAUCUGAAUUACUUCUUUCAGGCAUCUAUCAGAUUGAAGCUGCCUCUGUUACUUGUAAAUGGAGCAAGUCUUUUCUUUUCUUUUCUUCUUUGAUUGAGCUGAGUUCAAUACUCAUGGCCAUAAAAUUGUGAUGAACUGUGAUUUGAUUGAUUACAUGCUCUUUAUUAGUUGAGAAU